UACAGAUGCUCUUGACAUUCAAGAAGGGCAAGCAACAUGUUGACCACCGUAGACGAGCCGGAGAAGAUUCAAGUGCCUAAAAUCGACACUUUAUUCGAGCUCGACGGCUAUCUUAAGCCACAAGAAAGAGAGAUAAGACGAAGGUAUGGCUGUUUUCAGAAGACUUUGGAAAAUAUAGAACGCACUGAAGGGAGUAUAGGCAAUUUCAGCAAAGGCUAUGAGUGGUAUGGUAUCCACCCCACCCAGGAUGGGGGAAUAGUGAUGAGAGAAUGGGCUCCAGCUGCUCAAGCCAUGUAUCUAAGAGGAGACUUCAAUAACUGGGAAAAGCUAGAGCACAAAUUCACCAGACUAGAACAUGGAAAGUGGGAACUCAAAAUACCACCCAGGCCAGAUGGCACCAGUCCAAUUGCACAUGGCAGUAGUAUCAAGAUAGUUAUGGUGACCAGCGGGGACACGCUGGAGGACAGAAUCAGUCCCUGGGCUUCAUAUGUUGUUCCACCCAAUAACAGCACUGCCUACAACCAGGUGUUCUGGAAUCCAUCUCCUGAACAGAAGUACAAAUUCAAGCAUCCACAUCCACCAAAACCAGACAGACUGAGGAUCUAUGAAUCUCAUGUUGGCAUUUCAUCCUGGGAGGGAAAAGUUGCCAGCUACAAGCAUUUUGCCUACAAUGUAAUUCCAAGAAUAGCAGAUUUAGGUUACAACUCUAUCCAGUUGAUGGCAGUAAUGGAGCAUGCUUAUUAUGCAAGUUUUGGGUACCAAGUGACAAGCUUUUUUGCUGCUUCAAGUCGUUAUGGGACUCCAGAAGAGCUGAAAGAGCUUGUUGAUGUUGCUCACUCCUAUGGCAUAGUAGUACUAUUGGAUGUGGUCCACAGCCACGCUUCUAACAAUAUAGUGGAUGGUUUGAACAGCUUUGAUGGCUCUGAGGCUGGAUAUUUCCACUCUGGUCCCAGAGGGAGACAUGAACUCUGGGAUAGUAGGCUCUUCAACUAUGCACAGUGGGAAACCCUGAAGUUCCUUCUUUCCAACCUGAGGUGGUGGAUUGAUGAGUAUGGUUUUGAUGGCUUCCGCUUUGAUGGCGUCACAUCCAUGUUGUACCACCAUCAUGGCCUGAGUCAUGGGUUUAGUGGAAAUUAUGAUGAAUACUUUGGACUUGGUACAGAUACUGAAUCUUUGGUCUACUUGAUGCUUGCCAACCACAUGGUGCACAGUCUCUAUCCUUUUGCCAUCACUGUGGCUGAGGAGGUGUCUGGCAUGCCAGCCCUGUGUCGCCCUGUGGAGGAGGGAGGACAGGGGUUUGACUACAGAUUAGCUAUGGCCAUUCCUGACAAGUGGAUAGAGAUGUUGAAGCACUACAAAGAUGAAGACUGGGACAUGGGGAACAUUGUCCACACGCUCACCAACAGACGCCAUAGAGAGAAAUGUAUAGCAUAUGCUGAGAGCCACGACCAGGCUCUGGUGGGAGAUAAGACCAUUGCCUUCUGGCUCAUGGAUAAAGAGAUGUACGACUACAUGUCCAACUUGACUCCUCUUACUGGAAUCAUUGAUAGGGGUAUGGCACUCCACAAGAUGAUCAGGAUGAUAACUCAUGGACUGGGAGGAGAGGGUUAUCUGAAUUUCAUAGGAAAUGAAUUUGGUCACCCAGAGUGGUUGGAUUUCCCCAGAAUGGGCAACAACAGCAGUUUUCACUAUGCCAGGAGGCAGUUUAAUCUGGUAGAGGACAACAAUCUGAGGUAUAAAUUCCUCAACAAUUUUGACAGAAGUCUCCAGCACUUAGAGGCAAAGUAUGGUUGGCUAGCAGCUCCUCAGGCCUUUGUAAGUCGUAAGCACCAGGAUGAUAAAGUUAUCGUUUUUGAGCGAGCAGGACUGUUAUGGGUUUUGAACUUCCAUCCUUUCAAGAGCUAUACUGACUACAGAAUAGGAGUUGAGACUCCUGGAAAAUACAAGAUGGUGCUGGAUUCAGAUUCAGAGGAACAUGGUGGGCACAAGCGCCUGGAUCACAAUGUUGACUUUUAUACAUUUCCUGAACCAUGGGACAAUAGAAGCUGUUCUAUCAUGGUAUACAGCCCAUGUAGAACAGGCUUCAUUCUAGCUAAGGUUGACUGACAGGGAGAUAAGCUUACAAAAGAUGGAUUUGGUUUGAGCUGUUUUGGAAGGUGCCUCUGUUACAAUACAUAUGUAUAUGGUUAUAAUAUUUAGCUGUAGAAUGUUAACUUGCAUUUAAUGUUGGUAAAAUAACAAGAGACAGUAAGUGUUAAAACACAAAAAUGGUAAUUGUAGAAGAAAAUAUAUAACAAUAUACAUAAAAAUCUUAUUAUUGUUCUUAAAAAAAAGAAAGGGCAAAUUAGGAGAGUGGUAUCAGUGCCAAUUAAUGAAUACGUAGUUGAAAUGAUAAAUUAUUUUUAAUCAUGCAGUGUCAGCCUCUUCUCUAGACUCUCUAAACACAACAAAAAGCAAUGGAAGCAUGUUUUGUGCACAGAAAUGAUCUUACAUUGUUCAUGAAAUAAAACAAGGAUUAUUUGGCUUUGCAUUCCUGUCACUGACAGAGAGUUGUAUGUUGAUCAUGCAUGGUCAAAAUUGUAAUGAACUAUUAACCGUUCAUGAAGAUAUAAUGAGUGUAAGCCAACAUCAAAACCACUUGGUUGGGUAGUUGAGUAUUAGUGAUAUGCGUAACAUGUUUAUAUUUUAGAUGUAUAAGUGUUUCGUAUUAAUGGGUAAUGGAAUGGAAUUCAACUGAUUGCCAUGAAAUGGAACCACGGUCAGCCAGAAUUUCAAAGCCUUGCAAUGAGACUCUUUGUGUUAUUACCUGUGGCUCAGCCAAGCAGGUCCAGAAGAGAUUUAAUCUUCUGCUUCUGAUUUUUUGCAAAUGACCAUUUUCUGUCACAGUUUCUAAUAGGUUCUGUCCAGAGCUUUUGCUUGUUUGUUUUGUGCAUUACAGAUAUAAAUUAGUCGUGAGAUUAUCAUCAUGGUUCUACAAUGUUGUAUUUAUUGUUUAAAUGGUUGUUGUAUAAUGAUUACAAAUGCGGCUGUUUACUCUGAAAUCGGCGAUAAUUGGUUUUUCUUGUGCUGCUUUUAUGUCGUAUACCAAUUAUUGCUCCAUGGUUUGGAAAACUUAUUAGAAUCCUUGACAUAGAUUUUUCAAGACUACCUACUGUAUGUCACAUGAGGGAGUUAAACUUCCAAGGUUUUAAACUUUGUGUAUGGGUACUUCAAAAACUUGUCAUGCAAUGACCUGAAAGGCUUGAUCUCUGUGUAUCAGUAUACAUUUGUAAUUUGGGGGAUGCUUGCCAAAACAAAUGUUAAGAUUUUACUGGAGACUCUGAAACCAGGGAUAAGUGAAAUGAACUUUCUUUGAAAUUUAUACAGAUAGGGUGGGAAACAUACUCAUGCUAGCAGAAUAAUAUAAAUGUUUUGACUACUCCACUGUUUUGUUUGGAUACUGGAAUUGUUAUUGGUGGGGUUUGGCUUUUUAAUUUCCACUUAGAGUUGAUUUUUUAGGUAUUGUUCAUUAAAAAGUUGUUAAAAUGUUUUGAUUAUGUCAGAAUCAUUUUGUAGGUUCAAAACUAGGUUUUGCAUAAAAUGCAUGUGUACCACAAGGUUGCUUGUAAAACUUAAAGGUGUAUUUUACUUUAAUAAUAUGGUAUAUUAACUUGUGUUUUUAUAAGGACACUAGGCACAAAUAUGUGCGAAAUUUGAAAAUGUUUAUGACUGAUCACCGUAGGUGUAAUUUUACGGCAGAUGUUAUGCUUCAAAUAAAAUUAUAAUCAAAUUGUUAAAUAUUUAACUUCAGUGAU